AUGGACCGUCCACCCCUGCCUUCGGCCAACCCGUCUUACGGUGACCCCACCUCCACUCUUCCUCAGCACUUUGACAACGACGAGUACGAUGAUGACGACGAAUAUGUGGAGAAGCAACCUCUCGCUGGCGGAGAUUUCGUCGGUGGCCUGUAUCCUCCUGGCCCUAUUGAUCCCAACGCGUACGGCGACCCCUACGCUCGCCCUGCCUCUGUUGUCUCUACUUCUACCAAUGGGUUGAGAGUCAAACUGACGAACGGCAAGUUCAUCGCCGAGUACAAUGUCCCCACCGCGGUGCACAGCGCCAUUGAGCCUCAAUACCGUCAGACGAACACGACGGAGUUCUCCCACAUGCGAUACACUGCAUCGACCGACGAUCCGGACGAUUUCACGGAGGCAAAUGGCUACUCGCUGCGCACCAAAAUGUACAAUCGCCAGACCGAGAUUCUGAUCGCUGUCACCUCCUACAAUGAAGACAAGACUCUUUACGCUCGCACCCUGCAUGGCGUCAUGUUGAACAUCCGCGACAUUUGCAGAACGAAACAGUCCAAGUUCUGGCGUCGGCAAGCCGAGGAGGGUAACCCUGGAUGGCAGAAAAUCACCGUGGCUCUGAUCGUUGACGGUUUGGAACCUAUGGACAAGUCCGUCCUCGAUAUCCUCGCUACCGUUGGCGUGUACCAGGAUGGUGUCAUGAAGAAGGAUGUCGAUGGCAAACAGACUGUUGCUCACAUCUUCGAGUACACAACCCAGCUUUCCAUCGACGCCACACCCCAGCUUGUUCUGCCGCAACCUGGGGAUGCGAACAACCUUGUCCCCGUCCAGAUCAUUUUCGUUCUGAAGGCGAAGAAUCAAAAGAAGAUUAACUCCCACCGAUGGCUAUUCAAUGCUAUCGGAAAGAUGCUCGUGCCAGAGACAUGUGUGCUGAUCGAUGCGGGAACCAAGCCCGGACACAAGUCAAUCUAUUACCUUUGGGAGGCGUUCUAUAACGACCCUAACCUUGGCGGUUGCUGCGGAGAGAUUCAUGCCAUGAUCAAGGGUGGAAGGAAGCUCCUGAACCCUCUAGUCGCGGCUCAGAACUUCGAGUACAAGAUGAGUAACAUCUUGGACAAGCCACUGGAAAGCAGUUUCGGAUAUGUGUCCGUGCUUCCUGGUGCCUUCUCCGCUUAUCGUUAUCGGGCCAUUCUUGGACGACCGCUUGAGCAAUACUUCCAUGGAGAUCAUUCAUUGGCAGAUCGUCUCGGACCCAAGGGUAUCUAUGGAAUGAAUAUCUUCACGAAGAACAUGUUCUUGGCCGAGGAUCGUAUUCUGUGCUUUGAGCUCGUCGCCAAGGCCGGCGAUCGCUGGGUUCUCACCUAUGUCAAACCCAGCAAAGCGGAAACCGAUGUUCCGGAGCAAGCGGUGGAAUUGAUCGGUCAACGCCGUCGUUGGCUCAACGGAUCUUUCGCGGCUUCCGUGUACUCCCUCGUCAACUUCUUCGCUUUCUACAGGACUGGCCAUGGGAUCAUCCGGAUGUUCUUCCUCCAUCUGCAGGCUCUCUACAACGUUUUCAACCUCCUCUUCACUUGGUUCCAACUCGCCAACCUGUGGCUUACGUUCAGUAUCAUUAUCGAUCUUCUCCCGACUCAGAGCAUCAUCAUCUUUGGAACGGCCAGUGUCACCCACUGGGUCAAUAACGGUUUCAAGUGGCUCUACUUGUCCUUCCUUGCGUUGCAGUUCGUGCUCGCGCUGGGUAAUAGGCCAAAGGGUGAACGGGCAGCAUAUACUAUCACCCUCUGGGUGUAUGCCUUCCUUGCGCUGUACUUGCUCAUCUGCUCCUUCUGGUUGACUGGCAAGGCCUUUGCGGCCAUCCCGAAAGAAUUGCAAAACAAGACGUCUGCUCAGGUCAUUGCGACGUUCUUCAAGCCGCCCGUUGGUGCUUUGAUUGCUGCGAUGGUGUCCACGUUUGGAAUCUAUUGUGCUGCGUCUUUCCUCUACCGCGAUCCUUGGCAUCUGUUCACGUCCUUCCUUCCGUACCUUUUGCUGGCCCCGAGUUUCAUCAACGUCCUCAACGUCUAUGCGUUCUGUAACUUGCACGAUGUCUCGUGGGGUACCAAAGGAAGCGACAAAGCUGAGGUCUUGCCGUCUGUGAACUCCAAAAAGCAAGACUCGGAGACGGCGAUUGUGGAGGACACGGUCCACAAGCCCGAGGAUGUCGAUGCCGCCUUCAAAGAGACGGUUACGCGAGCGAUUACCAAGGUUGACACGGUGGAGGCCGUUGAAAAACCUACCAUGGAUGACGAAAAUAAAACAUUCCGGACGCGUCUUGUUGCUGCGUGGAUGUUGUCGAAUGCGGCGCUCGCGAUUGCCGUAGAAAACCUGAACGGGCUGGCCAGCUCUAGUGAAGCGGCGAACGAGCAGGCUCUGCAGAAGAAGCAGAACAUCUACUUCUCUAUCAUCCUCUACUCGACUUUCUUCCUGUCGCUCGUGCGGUUCAUUGGAUGCUUGUUUUACUUCUUCAAGCGCAAUCUCUUCCGUUGCUGCAGGCGGAAUUAGUUAGGCUUGGCCCGGCUAUUAGUUACUACUCAAUUGUUUUCUUGCUCACACAACCUCGGACAACGUUUUCUAGCAGAUAUUUGAGGAUAAAUACCAUCCAUUGCUGUCGUGCUACAUGUUUGUAUAAACAAUAUUAUCGUUCACAUCAA